AUUUAUAGUCGAUGACUAUGAAAAACAACAUGAAGGAUGAUAAAUAGUGGACAGUAGUUGAGAAGAAAAAACAGAAAGAGAAGUAGACGUAAUAUUUAUCCAUUUUGCACAAAUAUUUUAUAAUUGUAGAAAGAGGGCUAUCGCGAUCAUGUCUAUGCGACCUGAUGAUCACAGGAGGAAAUGGAAUCGAGAGGAAUAUGAAAGAAUUGCACUUCAGAGACUUCAAGAUGAGAUCGCGGAGGAAGAAUUGGGACUUCCCAAACAACCAGCAGUUAAGAGAGAAUUGCUAAAACAGAGAGAUUACAAAGUUGAUCUUGAAUCAAAAUUAGGAAAAAGUGUUGUCAUCAAUAAAAAUACACCAUCAUCACAAACUGGAGGAUACUAUUGCAAUGUCUGUGAUUGUGUUGUCAAAGAUUCCAUUAACUUUUUGGAUCACAUCAAUGGAACAAAACAUCAACGUAAUCUGGGUAUGUCUAUGAAGAUAGAGCGUUCCACAUUGGAUCAAGUUAAAGCAAGGUUUGCACAAAACAAGAAGAAACUCGAAGAGAAGAAGAAGGAUUAUGAUUUGGAGCAGAGAGUGAAAGAACUAAAGGAAGAGGAAGAGAAGAUCAAAGAAUACAGAAAGGAGAAACGAAAAGACAAGAAAAGAAAGAUUGAGGAACUAGCGGAUGAUGAUGCAGGACCUUCCGAUGAAAUGGCCUCAAUCAUGGGAUUCUCUGGUUUUGGUUCGAAAAAGAAGUGACAAACUAUUUCCGUCUAAAUAGUUUACUAUCUGUGAGGAAGAGAAUGUUAGUUCUUUAAGAAAGAACUGCUGAUAUCAUUUGAGGACAGUUGAUGAAACAGUGAACAGUUUUAAUUCCAGUUAUUGGAAUUUAAGGAUGCAAUUGACGAAUGUAAGUGUGUCUUGAUUUUUCUCAUUUGUCUUAGAGUUGUUCCUACAGUUUCGUGUUUAUUCGAGACGAGAAACAGCUAUUAAUUACAAAUCCGACCAAUGUAAAUGUAACAAAUCACGUGAGCUUAAGCUGUAAUUUAAGAUUAAUUAAAAUUAAUUAAUCAAGAUUAUUUGGGCACAAAUUUGUGAUGUGAAUGAUUUAAGUAUAUUUUCGAAAUGACUAUAUCUCUCUGAUGAACUCUUUUAUUACAAGAAUACAGAAUCUUGUGUAGGAUUGGCACCAAAAGAGCAUCUAUGUGUCAUGUUUGCAGAAAUAAAAUUUAUGAGAAGUUGAAUGAGA